CGCACCACCAUUUUUGUUUGGACAAUGGAGAAUAAUCACUAAAAAUAAUAUAUAGAACUAGUAGUAAUACAAUUUAAAAAAAAAUCGCCGCAAAAAUGUUCAACGGCAUGGUAAAGACCAUACGUGAAAGCAUUGUUGGCACCUAUCCAUCCUGUCAUGUGAAUUCACGUCUGGAGGAGCGUCGUGCCAAGCAGAGGGCAAUGCGCCAGGAACGAAGGCGAAAGCCGGACAAACCAGACGAUUUUGUUACCUAUGAGGACUCUGGCAGCGACGAGGAGUCGCCCCAACAACAGGACGAGGUGCUCAACACAUCCUACAAUUUGUGCGACUAUCUACGGAGCAGAGAAAAUUCGUUACGCGACCGCCGCAACGUAAAUGUGGAAUAUACAAGUCGUUAUGUGCUCACCCACGAUAUGUUGCGUGAGACACAAAUCAGUUUGGGUUACAUCAACAAGGUAUUCUGCUCGAAAUGGCUGAGCAACCGACAAGUGGUGUUUGGCACCAAGUGCAAUAAGCUGCUCGUCUACGAUGUGAAUAUGCGUCGUGUGGACGCGAUACCCACCCUAUCCAACAGUCGUGCCAAUCAUCCAGAGAUCCAAGGUGGCCUCCAUGCAAUCGAAUUGUCUCCAAGCCGCUCAUUUCUAGCCACGGGUGCACGUAACUCAUCCGACAUUGCCGUCUAUCGGCUGCCCACACUUGAUCCGGUUUGUGUGGGCGAGAACGGACAUCGCGAUCUGAUAAUGGGCAUGUGCUGGCUGGACGAUCAGUUUCUUGUCUCCGGCUCCAAGGACUCGCGCAUGGCCCUGUGGCGCAUCAACGAAGAUCACAUGGACUUCCCGGACGGCGGCGAGGAAUCGUGCCCCACAUUUGCAACCAUUCAUCCGCUUAGCGUUAAGGAAGUGCGCACCGCCCAGCGAAUACGUUCACUGUGCUUCAACAAGGAGUUCAAGGAGAUCGCCGCUCUCUCCCUAAACGGAUACAUACACAUUUUCAACGCAGAGACAUUCAAGCAGACGCUGUCACGCAAGCUGCCCAACUGUCAGGACAAUGUGAGCAUUGCGUACCAUAGCGAUGGCCUCUAUGCCGUCGGCUGUCGCUCGUACACGAUUCUCCUGGAUGCGCGCACGCUGCAAACGAUCAAGAAGAUCACAUCGCGUUACAGUGGCUGCGGCAUUCGCGCCACAUCGUUUGAGGGCAAUCUGUUGACAGUGGGCACCGGACUGGGCAUGUUGCUUUUCUACGAUAUACGGGCUGGCAAGUAUUUGGAAAGUAGCGUGAAUGCAUCGCGAACCGUGGCUCUCAAAUGUAGCAAAGGCAUUGUGUAUCCGGAGGAUGAAAUGGAUGGCUUCCAGCAGGUGAAAUAUGUUCCUGCGAUUUACACGCACUGCUACGACAGCACAAGAAUGCGUCUGUUUGCGGCGGGCGGGCCGCUGCCUGCCACCUUGGUUGGCAACUAUGCGGGGGUUUGGCAAUAGCUCCACCGUCAAACGACUAGUUCGAAUGUUUAGGCAAUAGUUUAUUAUUUGUUUUUAUACCUGUCGCCGUCUUGGCUGCGAUGUGCGAAAUGUGAUUUUUGAUUUCUCUGCUGAUUUUGACUAAUUUCCUUUAGUUUUGUAUGUAAACUAAAAACAUACUUUCACAUAUAUAUAUAUAUAUAUAUAUAUAUAUUAAUUGUAUAAUUUUUGUGUUUGUCUUAUAUAAUGAUAAUGUAUGCAUAAACUUCGCAUAGGUUUAGCCAAUUACAGCUCGUAUUUAUACAGUCUAUAUAAAUUAUACACAAUUGAUUUUUUAAGUUUAUACAUACACACUCGAAACAAGCAAGCAUUGAUUUUAUAGUCUGAUCUGUAUUGUAAUAGAAUUUGAAAUUAAACUAUCUACAAAUGCAAUUUGCAUAACAAAA